UUUAUAUGUAAAUGCUAAUACUUUUUAUGAUGUCAUAUAUUUUCAUGUUUUUAUAUUAGCGAAACUUCUAUCCUCAACUUCCUUUAAGAUGACGGUUUUAAUCCUUCGUCAAUAUUUUUGGUCAUAAGAGUAUAGAGAAAUGUAAUGGAGAAAAGCACUGCGAAGGAGGUUGCGCUUCCCGUGGUGGCUCUGAAAAGUGGUGUGUUUCGUUACAAACAAAAAACACGAAAUGUUCCGUACAAAGAUGUACCAAAUUGUCGAGUAAGCAAAAAUGUUUUAUAUCCAAACUUGAACGCCUCCAAAGAAAUAGAAAACGAAGAUUCGUUGUUGCUUCACUGUUCGCUAGUUUAUGAAGAAGGUUCAUCAAAACUCUUCUUCAAAAUUCCUAAUGAAAAACUGUACAGAAACACAGGCGAAGUCAAACAUACGAUGCUGGAAUGUACAGACAUAUCAGCCGCCGACCUGAAAGUAAGCACUAAGUUUGGUUGUUGGGACUCGAUCUCCUGCCGUUUGUUAAUCGAGUGUAGAAAACCUCUGGUGGCGUGGUCAACACUUCACAACAAAACGGACAGACAGCGCGAAGAAGAGAACGAUUCUGUGUUUGAAUCGGAUCAUGAACCACCUCGGGUUGGGGUCACAUACAUUGCAGUUUCACAAGACUCGUGCAUGGUGAAAGCAACUUUUGAUGUGGCAUACGUUACUAAGUUAAGAGAUCUUUUGCAUUCUGUUAAAGUGGCUAAACUUCACGAACGAAAACUCGUGCUGGAGAAUCGUAAAAAAGGUAUAGAUAAAAAGAUUCCUGUCCCAGUUAAAAUACAGGAAGGUUUACCUGAAUGGGUAAAUUACAUCCCUGCAAAGUGGUACUCGUCAACAAUUCGUAAAGUAAUCGAGUAUAUUUUGCUCGUUUACACAAUUUUGACGUUAUCCUGGGCGGUAUGGCAGUUGUAUAAACACGUGGAUUUUAUACAGCGAUAUUUACGCCCUAUUCUACAGUUCAUUGAGAUGUAUUUUGACCUGCUAAAACGUUGGUUUCGAUGGCUGGAUGGUUUUGUGGAAGUUCUUACUGAAUACUGGUGGGCGUAUAUGAAACCUGUGUAUCUUUUGGCGGCUCCGUUAUACGCCUCGUUGGCUCAAUUAUUCAAACCACUACGUAACAUUGCCGGUAUGAUCACAGCAGUAUCGGAACCUGUAAUCGGAUUUUUUCGGGCUGUUGCAUCGGUUUUAAAACCUCUGUUUCAACCCGCGGCUUCGUUUUUCAAUAUUUUCACUGAAACGUUUCGUAAGUUGUUUGGAACAUUCAUGACGAUGUGGAAUAUGGUGAUGGAAACGGCUGCCGUGCAAUUUGUCUUGACAAAGUGUAGAGAUGUGGGACUUAGUGGGGCAUUACACCAAGUUGUUCAUGGCGGACUAGAUCCGUUCAGGGCUCAGGUUGUUGUGGUAAGAGAUUUGUUGAUCCGAAGUAUGAAACAAAUAUUUUACGCGCUGAAAUUCAUUAUUACGAGAAUUAUAUAUAUGCAAAUGUUUGUCCAACGAGAACGUCAAUAUGCUAACGAAGAUCAGUCGGAGAUUGUUGUUAACGACAAAGCAAAGGCCGAAUAAUUUGACAAAAAGUCCGUACGUUAUAGCAUAUCUUUUUACGUGACUCGCGUUGCGUAUUUUUUUUUUUUUUUUGUUCAUUUUUUUAUCACUUUUUAUUUACAAUGUUCCAUAAUGUCUUAUAUAUUUGAAAUUUUAAUAUCUUUCUCGAUUUCCUGUAUUUUUAAUUUUAUAUUUUAUACAAAGUUGCAUUUUAUAGUUUUAAUUGUGUAUUGAUGGAUAUUAUAUUUUGAAUACCUUGAUUGUCCAGUUGACAGAAGGUUUGCAAGUAGAAACUUAUCUCUAUACUCUUUGUUCCUUCUUUGGAGACACUCAAGAACUGAAAAACUAAACUACGCGUGGUACAGUACGUUUUCUGAUCAGAGUGAUAUGAAGUGCCACUGAUCAGAGUGAUAUGAAGUGCCACUGAUCAGAGUGAUAUGAAUUGCCACUGAGCGUUAGUAAACUGUAUAUUAAGUUUAAGUUCUAAAUGAACUAGGAAAAAAUUUAAAUAUAUUCACACCAUUCUAAAAACGUGGCUAAGUUUUGGGUUUAGCUAGCUAACAUAUACUAAAAGAUACGCACCUAAAACCUGAAAUAUUUUAACUUUUUUUAACACUACCUCUACCAAUAAAUACCCUCUUUAUAACCGUGUUAACUACGAUUUUGUAAAACUGCUAGUUAAAAGCUGUAAAAGACAACAUUUUGUUGAUACAUUCUUCAAACUUGCAUAUAAGCAACUAGCAUCCCAAAAUUUGUCAAUAACUAAUCUCGUUUUAUGUUAUUCUGCGUUUUCGCAUGCAUAUUUUGCAGAACCAAAUAAAUAUGGAAAUAGGUCAUUAAAAGAAAAAGGUAUAAAUUUUGAGAGAAAAAAUGAUUUAAUAAAAAGCGAGCAUAGACGAUUUUUUAAAAAAGAAAAGUAUCUUGAGAGACACGUAAUAAAUGUGGCUCCGAAGGUAUUCCGACAGGGGUAGGUACAGAGAGGGGAAAACUUUUUGUAAUUUCAUUUCAAUUCUUUUUUAUUUCAAAAUUAUAUUCUUAGCUGUAUAGUAUUGAAUUGUUUACUUGUAAAAAAGUGUUUCUGUAAAAGAAGCCAAAACGAAA